CCUCUCUAUCUCUAUAAAUAUCAGCAAUAACAAUAAUUUCCACAUAGAUCUUCUCAACACAGUCGAAAGCUGCCGAAGUCUAAAUCGAAGAAAGAGUAUAUUUACAAAUCAUGGCUAGGAUGAUCGGACCAUUCGAAACUGUACCGGCGAUUCUUGUUUAUCCGAUGAGGGUUUCAGCUUCGCCUUCGCUGGGGACAAUUUAUGAGGAACACGAUGAGUAAAAUUUUAACAAGACAAGAUCAAAACUCGAGUGUUUAAUUAUUUUUUAAUCCAUUUUAAUGAAAUAUUCAUUUUGAAAUAUAUCUUGAUAGUGCUUUCUAUUUCUUGGUUGAUUUCCACUUUAAACUCUUUUUUAUCGACGUUAUUAUGAUCUCCUAUAUAAUCAGACAUAAGAGAAGAUGUUUCUUAAUGACGAUCAGUGCAAGAUGUUUCUUAAUGACGAGCAGUGCUUCUUGUAAUCGCCG